AAAGCAGAGUAGAUUGAUAGAUAUUCCAUGUUUUAGUGAGCUGCAAGCUGUUAGGAAAAACAUGGGUUUGGAACUGUGGAUGUUUCUUCCACUUGUUUAUGUCUCCCUUUUCCAUUUUCAUGGCUUCUCUCUCGCAGAGAAAGCUCCAUAUUACAGCUUUGUUCAUGAAGCAGCGGUGGCUCCGGAGGUGUCGUUUUUUGACUACAUAAUCGUCGGAGGAGGGACUGCCGGUUGUCCCUUGGCGGCGACAUUGUCCGAGAGGGCGAGUGUUUUGAUCUUAGAAAGAGGAGGGUCUCCCUACGAAAGUCCUGGCAAGCCGGACAAAGGGAAUUUCUUCCCAAAUAUGUUGGACAACACCCCUGGUUCGUAUUCGCAAGAGUUCACCUCGGAAGAUGGCGUUUCCAACACCCGAGCACGCGUUCUCGGUGGUGGUUCGGUUAUUAACGCGGGGUUUUACUCGCAUGCCGAACCCCAGUUCUUGAUACAAGCUGGUUUGAACGAAGGUUUGGUUAAUUAUUCUUACCGGUGGGUUGAAAAGAAGGUUGCUUUUAGGCCACCUAUGUUGCAGUGGCAAUCGGCUCUGCGAGACGGGAUGCUCGAAGCUGGAGUUUUACCGAAUAACGGGUUCACCUUCGAUCAUAUUUAUGGGACCAAAGUUGGUGGGACUAUUUUUGACGGGGAUGAUCACAGACAUUCAGCGGCUGAUUUGCUUGAGUACGGUAAUCCAUUCAAGAUUAAAGUGUACUUGCAUGCCACGGUAGAAAAGAUUCUAUUCGAAACAAAAGUGUUCUCGAAACCAAGAGCUCAAGGGGUCGUUUUCGAAGAUGAAUUGGGGAAGAAACAUUGGGCGUUGUUGACGAAAGAUCUUAAGAGCGAGGUAAUCUUAUCAGCAGGUGCCAUCGGAAGCCCACAGUUGCUGAUGUUAAGUGGUAUAGGCCCUUCUCAGCAGCUUAAGAAAUUUGGUAUCAAAGUGGUGAUGGACCAUUCCAUGGUGGGUCAAAGUCUGGUCGAUAAUCCGCUCAAUGUUCUUUUGGUUCCAUCUCCGAACCCUGUCGAGCUCUCACUCGUUUCGUUCGCUGCCAUCACCAAAUUCGGUAGCUACAUAGAAGGUUGCAGUGGAAUCAGUUUCACUCCGGCUUGGUCCCGUAGUAUUGCUAGAGCACUAGCCUCUAUCUUAAACAAGACUGAGCAGAGCAGUACUAAAUUGUUUCAAGAAGGGAUGCCGAGACCCGAGUCGCUCCUCGACACAAGAAUAAGAGGUGGCAUUAUUUUCGAGAAAGUGAAAGACCCCAAGUCCACAGGCUAUCUCGAGCUUCGAAGUACAAAUCCACAUGACACCCCGAAGGUGAUCUUUAACUAUUUCCAGGCACCAGAGGACUUGAUGAAGUGUGUCAAAGGCAUGAGAACAGUUAUAGAUGCUAUAUAUUCAACAUCGUUCUCGAAUUUCCGGUACGAAAUUUUAUCAGCUCAGGCGCUGCUAGACCUCAUAGUGAUGCUGCCCCUUAAUGAGAGACCGAGACACAUUGCUUCAUCGUUAUCUUUGGAAAAAUUCUGCAUGGACACCGUGAUGACUAUUUGGCAUUAUCACGGAGGCUGCCGUAUGGGCAAAGUUGUCGAUUACGAUUACAAGGUUUACGGUGUUGAUGCCUUAAGGGUUGUCGAUGGAUCUACGUUUACUUCCUCGCCUGGGACCAAUCCUCAAUCAACGGUUAUGAUGCUUGGAAGAUAUAUGGGAUUGAAGAUUCUCCAGGAGAGAUAUUUCGGAAAGCACCGGAAGAAAUAGUUGGAACACAGUGGGAUUAUGUGACAGUGUGUGCAGUGCUGAUUUGGCUGAGAGGGGACCAAACCACUGGUUUUGAUAGCUAAAUAUAUUUCAUGGUUUGAAGCAGGCAAGACAAGUUCUGCUUGAUUUGUGCUGUUUUGACUCGUGUCGUGUGUUGUUAUAGUGUUGGUUGGUUUGGUAUUGAAUGUAAGAAUCAUAAGCAGUGAGCUUUGUAAUAUUCUACUCAUUAAGU